AUGAGGCGCCACAACGGUGAAGUAAAAGACAACCGCUUGCAGUACAACUUUAUCCAUCUUCCCUGGAGUAACGUAACACUCAAGGUAUCCGUGCAUCCGUUCCUUGCGAUCGCUCAGUUCGUGAAGUCCUGGAACACGUUCAAUGACGAGCAGAAAGAAAGCAUGCAAUCUCUUUUUGAUGACAACCAGAAAGACGCGGUCAUGCUUUCCCUUCGGGUCUGGGAGGCCUGGCGCCGGUGCCCGCUUGACGACGAUGAAGAACUCGAGAUACCCGACGACGACGCCGACGACGACCAAGAGGCAGGCGACUUCUCUGAACCGGUUAUUCAUGAGCAACCACGCCCGGACGAAAAAUCGACAAAGCGCCCUCGAGAGGAUUCCGGCUCUGACAUCCAGGAAAGAGCGGGCAGCGCGAAUCCAAAUAAGCGACGUCGGCUGAACGCGGGUGCUGAGGAGCCCGAUGAGAAUGAACCGCCAACCGUCGGACCUGUUCUCGUCGCCAAACCGUCAGGACGUGGCAGGCAAGUGCUCCGUGGCCGGUCCAUAUUGGCAGAUUCCGUCGAUCAUAAUAUUUGCCCAAACGCGUCACCGAGACGCUCUGGCGCCGGUGGCGAUUCAACGCAUCCGCAAAACGCCCCCGAUAUGGGCCAUGCCAAUGCUGAGAACAGCGAAGCGGUUGACAAGGCUGAGGACGGCGGCAAGGACGGCGUCGUUCAGGCCGAAUACGACAAAGAGAGCGACGACGAGGAGGCCAACCCGCUCCCAGAUUAUGCGCCUUCCGAACGCAUCAGUAUCGAAGAAUGGGCGAUACAAGUCUCGAACAGCUUGACGUACUCGGACUUGCCAACAAAAACCGAGCCCGAGGUGGACAAGGUCCUAGCCGCAUAUAGGAGGGAGAAGGCUCGCCCUCCACCCUCUGAACCACACUGGACCGAAUGGGAGGCAGACACAGCGUACAUGUACGAACGUGCUCUUCGUUGGAUGUAUUGUUGA